AUGCACUUACCACCAGGGAUAGAAUGGAGUUAUGAAGACGCCACCAUGAUGUACUGGUCACGUGAUAAUGUUACCAAUAAUAGCAGCAACGGAAGUGACAUCACAACCUUGACCCUUACAGGGGCCACGAUCGCCUCGCCCAUCAUUAUGUUUCUGUCUGUAAGCUUUCUGUUGCUUCCAUUUUUGCAGAUCGGCAACCUGCUGGCCCUCGUGGUACUCCACCGGACCAGAAUGGAGUCGCAGAGGAUGAUGUUCCACUCGCUGGUGGCCGGGCUGGUGUGGAACGACCUGACUGGGAUUGUCCUGACCUCACCUGUCACCAUCGCCUCCUACAUCAACGGGUUACAGAUGCCAGGAGGCGAGCACCUGUGUAGGUUUAACGGCUUCAUCAUGAUCUGUUUCGGGCUCAGCACCCCUCUCAUCGUUAGCGCCAUGGCGAUCGAGCGGUUCCUGUUUGUCAAGUACACGUUCUUCUACACCAAACACUGCGCCCCUGGGGUGGCGCGCCUCGUCAUCAUCGCCAUCUGGGCGUUUGUCUUGUUCUUUGGCCUCCUGCCGAUGUUCGGCUUUGGCAACUACGUGCUGCAGUAUCCCCGGACCUGGUGCUUUCUGGACUUCAGGACUCACAACCCCGUCCACGCCGCCUAUGGGUACAUGUACUCAAGCCUUAACCUUCUACUGGUCGUCGUCAUGGUGAUGUGUAACCUCGUGGUGGUGCUGACCUUGGCCCGGGUCAGAGGUUACCGCCGGAAACACAGCAACACCAGCGUUAACAGCGUCAUGAUGGCCGACGCCAUGAUGGACGACUCACAGAAGCAACAGGCGGUCCGUCGACGCAAACAGAAAGACAUAGAGCUGCAGAUGAUUGUUGUCAUGUGCGCCAUUACAACCAUCUUUGCCGUCUGUUGGGCGCCGCUGAUGAUCCACAUCAGCCUAACCUUGGCCACAGAGGGCAAGACCCUGGACGUACUUGGCCUGGUGGCCGUGAGACUAGCCAGCCUGAACCAGACCUUGAACCCCUGGCUCUACGUCAUCCUGCGGCGGGCACUCAUCGUCCGGGUCCAGCGCUACUGCUGUAGGUGGAGGCGAUGGCUCAGGACAACACCUCGCUUACA